UGGAAAACAAAAAACCGCGAAGUGCAAAGAAAAAGCGGCAUUUUCCAGUGCACGAUGGGUGGAAUAAACAAGAAAAAGUCGAAACUCCCAGUGCCUAAAACCAAACAGAAGAAACAGAUAAAGCAGUGGAAGGAAGGUGGCGCCGAAUCGCCGGCAAAGAAAUCCAAAAACCCACAGUCACAGAGCACCGGUAAACAGAAAAAGACGCCGGCCGCAUCGAAGAAACCGAAGAACUUUGUUCGUGCACCACCAGAAGAUGAAUCAAUGGACUCGGAUGAUCAACAACAAGAGACCAGCACCGUAGUGGCAACAGUUGCAACCCCCAACAUCCCCGAUCCGAAACUAUCGCCGAAACUGGUGGCGAUGCUGCGACCGCUGAUCGGCUACAUCUACAACGAUGAGCAGAUGUCGUUGAAGAUGAGCUUUGAACAGGCUGCGCUACUGUUGGAACCGGAUUACAACGAAGAGACGAAAGUGUUCCGGUUUCUGGUCAACACGAAGGAAGUAUGCCGGGCUGUCGGUGAGAAGAAUGAGGCACACACCGAGGCUCGCGAAAAACUCGUACAGAUCGUUCGCUACUACUGCUACACCGUGAAGAAAGUUAAAGAGUAUUUUACAAGAAGAAAAAUCUUUUACACCCGACCACCGAAGGCCGUGCUGGCCGAUAGCACCGAAACCGCUACCAAGGGAAAGAAGCUGAAGGAGGAAAACAUUGGAUUUCAGAUGUUACAGAAGCAGGGCUGGAGUGGUGGUGGUCUGGGUAGCGGUGAGGAUGGUAUCAUUGAACCGAUCACUGCUCUGAAGCGCAAGGGCAAACAGGGCCUCGGAACGGAUGGUGCCACCGAGGAGGCUGGCGAAACGGAGGAGAAGGUUAAAAUCCCGCUCGAAGCGUUCUAUCUGGUCAUACAGGAGUACGCCGGUGUGAAUGCGUUGUACGAUUUGGUGUUUAGCUCGCAGUUUGCCCGUGAACAGGUGCGCAAGUUACGCGAAUUUGCACAAUCGAAGAAACUGCUAACACAAAUGGUCGGACAGAGUAAGAAGAAGAAGCUCGUCAUCAGCAAACCUCUGACGAUCUCCGAGAUCAUGGUCGGCGUCAUGAAGGGUCAUUCCGAUCUCUGUGCCAAGUACGUCGUUAUACCACCGGCCUCAAAUCCUUCUUCAGCUUCAGCAACCAAAUGAUACUCGAUGUCAUAGAGUAUUUUGGAUUGAAGGUAUUUGAAUGUUGAUGUGGAAUCAAUAAACUUACGCGCGAUGCAUCCGGUC